AUGCGUUACUCGCUAUUCAAGGCCGCGGCCGUCACCCUCCUUAGUCUCGGAGGUUCCUUCUUCACACAAGGCUUUCCUUCUCCAAUUCGAGAUAUCUCCUCGCUCGACCUUGCCAAAAGAUCAGACGGUUGGGAUCAGCUCGAUAGAAGAACUAGAAGUGCUGUACCGGAUAUCACCAGAAGUUACACAAUCGAUCCAGCUCUCAAGACGCCAAGUGGGGAUGGAUGGACCCUAUAUUGGAUUGUUCCUUCAGUCUUCGACAACGUGGGAGGUCUGAGUAGGAAAGAGAUUCAUGAUGUGUAUGGUGCCGCCGAAAUUGGCUAUAACAUAGCAAGCAAGAGCAUGGGGGUGCUACAAGCAAACACGAAGAUGCCGCAAAAUAGACCUGGAGUGCCGUUACGCGAGAUGCUGCUGGCCUUGUGGAAGGAUCAUGCUAAGCAACGUCUGGCAAAUUUGAAGCAUAUUGUCUAUCAGAAUAUCCAGAAUGAUGAGGUGGUGUCUGUUCUUAGGGAAGCCAUUGUCAAGAUGGGGAACCCCAAGUCUAAACAAGUGACAGUAAAGGCAUCGGCAACUACGGACCCAGAGAAGGAGACGUUCGAGCUUCUCAGCAAUACAGUAUUCGGCAUAGGGGCGGCGAAGAUGGUCAACGACUAUGUGGGCAUGGAGGGUCGCACGGUAGUGUCAAUUACAGUCAGCACCAUGUGGGAUCUCCGAAUGACCAUCAAUCUGUCUUGA